AUGGAUGAUCCACCUCGUCAUUCGAAAUGCCAGAAGCUGGUUGCUGUGCUGAUUCUACUGUUCAUCAAUCUACUCAACAAAGUGGAUCAAUCUGCAAUCGCAAUGCUUCUCAUCGACAUUCAAAAAUUCUUUGGAGUCGACGGCGAUGGUGAAAUGGGAUUACUUCAAGCGGUUUAUAUCGUCCUUUCCACGUUGUGUAUUCCAGUCUUUGGAUACUUGGGACUUCGAUACAAACGUAAAUGGAUUAUGGUCAUCGGAACACUAGUGGGGGCUCUGGCCGGGUGCGCAUCAACAUUUGUUGCUAAAGAGUCCUUUUGGUUGUUUCUCUUGAUGCGCAGUGUUGUGGCAAUCGGGAUGUUGGUAUUGUUCUAUAUCACCAGCCCAUUUGGAAGGGGAAUUGGUUACAUAUUUGGAUUACAAAUGGCAAAGCGACUGGGAGGAUGGCAAUGGGGAAUAUGGCUAAUAGCGUUAUUGGGCGUGGCUUCUGUCAUCCUGAUGGUAUUAUUUGUAUUUGACCCAGAACGAAAACUCAGUGGAUCAUCGAAUUCUACACGCAAAGAAGAUAUGGAGAAUGCACCUUUGAAGGUAAAAAUCAAGACCUACUUAUAUGAUCUAUGGGCCCUCAUGAAAAAUUACACCUACCUUUUCUCGACAAUUGCCUAUACGUGCAUUGUUUUUGUGACUGGCAGUGUUUUAUGGUGGGUUCCUACAGCAAUUCAACAUGCCAAACAAAUAAUCAAUAACUUUCGUAUUGCUCUCUACUUUGGAGCCGUCACAAUGGUUGGUGAAAUCGUUGGAGUAAUUAUGGGUUCAGCUUUCUCAACGUUACUGCGCAAUGGAAAGUGGUGCUUCAAGUGCUGUCAAACACAACGAUCCAAUCCAAUCAUUUCCGCCGUUGGAGCGCUGAUCGCAACUCCAUUUCUUCUUGGAGGAUUGCAACUGAUCAGAGUGUCUGUCGAGACUAGCUACAUCUUCAUUUUCGUUGCUAUUACCGGACUUUGCUUCAAUUGGACCAUCAAUGGCGAUCUACUAAUGACGAUUACUGUUCCAUGGAGGCGUAAUUCGGCAAAGGCAUGGCAAACUCUGAUUUCACAUUUGUUCGGUGAUGCACUUGGACCAUAUCUCGUUGGAUUGCUUGCUGAUCGAAUAAGCUUGAGCGACUCUCCAAGAGAUUUAUUUGAUGCUUUGCUAUACGCUUUUUAUAUUCCUUCGGCACUUUGUGGCAUUUCGGCAUUCUUGUUCAUAAUUGCUGCGAUUACAGUAAUAAGAGAUCAAGCAAGAUGCCUGGUUGAAAUUGGUAUUGACGAUAGAAUUUCAUCGAGAAAAGAUGUCGAAACAAAAGGAAAUGCAAAUAAAUUG